UUCCAAGAGGCUAGGAAGUGGAAGAGCCAUUGUGGUGCUUUGAUUUGGGUCCCGGCAGAGCAGAAAGCAGGGUCCUGGGCAAGAUUUGUUCGAUGAAUUUCUACAGAAACGUAUACGCAACUUUGUGUUGCAUUGGCUUUCUGCUACUUAUAAUAGCCACUGCCUCUCCCUUCUGGAUGAUACAUCACUGUAUAGAUGAUUACAUCCAUAUGGGAUUAUGGAUUGUAUGCUCUGAGACCAUGUGUUACAAAGUUCCUAGCACAGCAAGUAUGAAAGCCGCCCAGGCUCUUAUGAUAAUAGCCCUUGGCAUUUCUUUCAUUGCUCUGGUUUCCUCGUGGGAUCUUCUUAAUCGCUUUGUGAACAGGAAGGUACCUGAAGCCUUCAUUUCUUCUAUGGCUAACUACGUGGCAGGACUCUGCACACUAUGUACUCUAAUGAUUAUGUACCUCCAGCUUAGAAUCAUUCAGCUCAUGGACACCAAACAUCUUGCACCAGACUGGGCUUUUUCCAUAAGCUGUGUUGCAUGUUCUAUCUACUUUGUCAUAGGUACAGUCAACCUAAUAUUGCACGGGGACUUGGUCUUAAGAGAAAGAAACCCCACUCCACAAGUAGCACCCACUGAACAAAUAGAGCAUUCACCCUAAGAGCACAUGGAGCUAUUUGUGUCAUCCAGAAGGUCAUCUCCACCGUGACAAGCAUCUGAGCUAAUGUGGGGUCCUGGAGGCCAAUUGUACAACAGACAUUCCAAGUGAUGUGAUCACUUAACCAGGAGCCAUUUUGCAUGUGGCAAGUGCUGUGUGAGAGAUUUGCAUCAGCUCAAAAUGUCACUUUUCAAAAGACAUCUGCCAGAGCUGUUCUGUUGGAACUCGUGAAUUAUGCUGUCCAUUAUUCGGAGAUUUUGAAUGAACAGAACUGAACAACUCAUCAUCUCUAACCCCCAAUGGAAUAUCCCCCAUCUAUUUCUAGGACAAUUACGCCCUCCUCACCUUAUAGUGGCAUUAAA